CCACGCGCGGGCAGUAGAAACAUGGCGUCGAAGACAGUCCGUCAACGCAACAGACGGGGAAGCAAACAAGAUGCCAACGUGAACAACACACCAAGCACUGACAACCGAACAACAAAAGACGAUAAAUGUGCCGAAGACAAUGCGUCUAGUGACCCACGAAAUGAGUCAUCCAGUAAGGCAGGGCAGGUGUGGGCUCCUGAGGGCUCCACAGCCUUCAAGUGCCUGGUCUCAGCACGCUUCUGUGCGGCGUUACUCAGUAACAUCUCUGACUGUGAUGAAACCUACAAUUACUGGGAGCCAACUCACUACCUGCUGUACGGAACAGGGAUGCAGACAUGGGAGUAUUCUCCAGCCUACGCUAUUCGUUCCUACGCAUAUCUGUGGCUCCAUGCCCUUCCUGCCUGCUUUCAUGCCAAAAUAUUACAAACCAACAAGGUCCUUGUGUUUUACUUCCUGCGCUGCAUGCUAGCGUUUAUAUGUUGUGUGUGUGAGCUCUACUUCCACAAGGCCGUGUGUAAGAAGUUUGGCCUGCAUGUGGGGCGUCUUCUGUUGGCAUUCCUUGUCUUGAGUGCUGGAAUGUUCUGCUCCUCUGCAGCCUUCCUCCCCAGUACCUUUUGUAUGUACAGCACCGUGGUAGCCAUGACUGGCUGGUUCCAGGGGCACCCCAGUCUGGCUGUUUUGGGUAUUGCAGCAGGAGCCAUAUUGGGCUGGCCCUUCAGUGUCCUGCUGGGGAUACCCAUUGCCUUUGACCUACUGUUACUGAAGAAGAAGUGGAAGAGUUUCAUCACAUGGACUCUGUUGGCGCUGCUGCUCUUUCUGGUCCCUGUUGUUGUGGUUGACAGCUACUACUAUGGGAAGCUAGUGAUUGCUCCUCUGAAUAUAAUAAUGUAUAAUGUAUUUACCCAUCAUGGACCAGAUCUCUAUGGCACAGAGCCAUGGCAUUACUACUUUGUGAAUGGUUUUCUGAAUUUCAACAUUGUAUUUGUGUUGGCCAUGGUUUCUCUUCCUCUCACUGCACUUAUGGAGGCACUGCUUCAAAGAUUCAAUGUACAGAACCUGGGCCGGCCAUACUGGUUAACCCUGUCACCAAUGUACCUAUGGAUGCUGGUGUUCUUCACUCGUCCACAUAAAGAGGAGCGUUUUUUGUUUCCCAUCUACCCUCUCAUCUGUCUGUGCGGGGCUGUGGCGCUCUCCUCACUUCAGAAGUGCUAUCACUACAUAUUCCAGCGUUAUCGUCUGGAGCACUACACCAUCUCUUCCAACUGGCUGGCUCUCGGCUCCGUGCUGCUGUUUGGAGUGCUCUCGCUGUCCCGUUCCGUGGCACUCUUUAGAGGCUAUCAUGCUCCGCUGGAUUUGUACCCAGAGUUUCACCGCAUUGCUAAAGACCCCACCAUCCACACAGUACCGGACGGUAGAAUGGUCAAUGUUUGUGUAGGAAAAGAAUGGUACCGCUUUCCCAGUAGUUUCCUGCUGCCCAACAACUGGCAUUUACAGUUCAUUCAGUCAGAGUUCAGGGGUCAGUUACCUAAGCCAUAUGCCAUGGGACCAGAUGCCACCUGGAUACUCCCACCAGACAUGAACGAUCAGAACCUUGAGGAGCCAUCACAAUACGUGGAACUGAAACAGUGCCAUUACUUGGUGGAUCUGGCAACAGACACAGAGGCCCCUCGAGAACCACAAUACUCCGCUAACAAAGAGGAGUGGAGCAUUAUCGCUGACAAGCCUUUUUUAGACACUAACAGGUCCUCUAGAUUCUUCAGGGCCUUUUUUAUCCCAUUUCUGUCUGAGCAGUAUACUACUUACAGCAGAUAUAUCAUCCUGAAACCACGAAGACCCAAACACACCCGGAAAAGAGGGCAACCCUGAUCCGCUGGUCCUGCUACUUUCCAUCAUUAAAUCCCUCCAUCAGUCCUCCCAAGAUAUUCCCCUAAACUCUGCCUGUGCACUUUGUGUGUGUGUGUGAGAGAGAGAGAGAGAGAGAGAGAUGUAUCUACGCCAGAGUUUGUUUGAUGAAAUUGUCUAUCAAACCAUGCAGUGUCGGCCUGUAUUUAGGCAUCAGUAUUGCCACCCAUCCAGGACAGUUUUAGCAAAGAGCAUGGAUGCCUUACCCAUUUUUCCAGUAGUGACCAAUCGUCUCAACUCUAUUUCAUUGCCAUGCCCUUACACUGCAUAAGUAAACACUGAUGCCUGCUCGGGCUUCUCUGCAUCUUACUGAAGCGUUUCAGAAGAUUUCUAUUAAGACGACCCUUUAAGGAUUACAGUCCCACAUUUGAAAUGACCGCAUCCAUUUAAAUCUCACCUGGUCUGGGACAAUGAACUGUUCUCUGAAUGCAGAUCCCAAACCAUUUUGUUGCCAUCCAUUCGGAGGAGAAGACAUGAACUUCAGUUAAUUUAUCCUGUUUGAGCAACUGGUCCUGGCCAGCUGCAGCAUCUCAGGACAAAGGUUGCACCAAAAAACUUAGUGUUCUCCAGUUGCGUUGUCAGUAAAAGUGGACAUUGACUCUGAGGUCAGGUUGCUGACCAGGACAAUUGAGUGUUUACAUUCCAAAUCAUGUUUGUCAUCUUAUUCAUAUCAGUGUUAACUAUGAUUGAAUCAAAUAAAAGAAGGCUGUCUUAAUGGGCAUGGGUAUGCCAUUUCA